AUGAAUCGAGGCUUGCUGAUUGUAUUGGAGGGGUGUGAUCGCUGCGGCAAGAGCACGCAAUGUGGACGGCUCGUGGAAUGGCUCAAGAACCAUCGUCCCAAUGGCGCAGAAAGCAUGCGCUUUCCUGAUCGCACCACGCAGAUUGGUUCCCUGAUCAAUCAGUAUCUGCGGAAGGAGAUUGAGCUUCCCGACAAGGCCGCACACCUGCUCUUCUCUGCCAACCGAUGGGAGCUGCGCGAUGAGAUUGAACGUAAACUCGCAAAUGGAGUGUCGCUGGUGGUGGAUCGCUAUGCCUUCUCUGGCGUUGCCUUUACCAGUGCUAAGGGUCUAGACGUGGAGUGGUGCAAGCAGCCAGAUGCUGGACUGCCCGUGCCAGAUGUUCUGAUUCACAUGGAACUCAGCCAGAGCGAGGCAGAGUCUCGAGGCGGCUUUGGCGAGGAGCGCUAUGAAGUUUCAGAGUUUCAGGCCAAGGUGAAAGAGCAGGUGAGUCUAGUCUGCCCAAGGCGUCAAAGCUAA